CAGUUUCCAAGUUUUGGCCCUAGAUGUAUGUGCUAUCAGAGGAAUCACCCGUACUCUUAUUAUUAAGGAUACUAUUCUACGUGAAAUUGGAAGUCGAUAAGAAUGUAAUCUCUGGCGAUAAACGUCGAUAUCGGCUAUGUGCUUAUCUCGUAAACUUACUUUUUUACUGCUUCAAAUUUACAGAUGGAAAAAUAAAUAUUUGUUGUUUUUUGGAAGCAUCGUCUGACUUAAUUAAAUUAGUUGGUCGUCUUGGCAAAGUAUUUGCACCAGUAAAAUAUGAUAUGCAAGGGAACAUUGAUAAAAUUAAAUUGCACUACAACUAUGACAAGGACUCCUGCUUACUGGACUUAAUGUUAGAGGAACAUUCCAAUGGGAAACAUACAGCUGCAGAAGGUGUUUUAUGGCUGAAUAGGGCUUUGCUUUUUUUUGAAUUAGUAUUUCAUGAAAUUGUCAUAUGUCUACAAGGAAAAAAUUAUGAUGAAGAUAUGAAAAAAGUAUUUACUAUUGCCUAUGAGGGUUCAGUUAAAAAAUAUCAUAGUUGGGUCACUCAACAACUAUUUGCUCUCAUUUGUAAAAUGUCACCAACACUUCCCCAGAUAAUGGAAUCAUUUGAAGUUGAAAAUAACGAAGCUUUUGAAGCAAGGCUAGUAAGUUUUAAUACAACAUUAUAUUCAGUAAGGAGAAAAAUCGAUGAUUUUUUUAAGGAGCAUAAUAUGUUACAAGAUUCCAUGUAAUUCGGCUAUGUUAAUAGAAUAUCUUUCUUGUGUUGUAUGUUCAAUUAGUUUCAAUAUUUCAACUGUGAUUUUGUUUUUCAAGUUUAUUCACGUAACUUUUACUAAGCUAUAUUGACAUAACUGGCACAAUUUUUUUUACCACUCAUGUUUUUAAUUUAUAAUUUUGCAUUCAGAGUUCUUUAUAGAUGCAUAUUUUAUUCAAGUACAUCUUAUAAAACUAGUGAAGGUUUGUUUUCAAAAUCAAAAUAAAGGCCAUUUUUUUAUGCUGUCACUUUUAUAUUCACGAUGAACUGAAUAUUUGCAGUGCAAAUUUGCAUCCUGCAACCAAUCUCAAGAAUAAUAUCACAGUAAAUAUUUUGAACUAUGAACUACUAACAAACGUUCGAAAGGAUACACUCACACCUAUGCGUGCACAGAAGAUGCCCUAAAGCUAUUAUCGCAGGAUGUAGAAAUUAGAGCCAUAAAGCAAAAUAGCUAAAAUAUGUGACAGACUGGUGAUUUGUACGCCAUUAUUUAUUUUUAUUUAAUUUGUUUUUGUGAAUUGCGUUGUGGAAGUAGAAUAAAUGCUGUGUAGAUUAAUCAAAGCAAAACAAAAUUCACAUAACAAACUCACACCUUAUUGUAACACACACUCUAAUUUUUAUUUCCUUAUGUGAUUUUCAUAAACUACUUUAUUAAUUAAUAGUUAUAAAAAUAAAUGUUUGGCGCCACAAUGGAGCGACUAGCAACACUGUAACGUAGUCAGUGGCAGUGAUGGAUUUAAGCCAACUGAGCACAAAUGUUAAGUAAAUUACACAUUAUAUCUGUUUAAUUAACAAAGUACAGACAACUUGUAAAAAUAAUUUUAAAUUGCUACGACUUAGGUACAUGGACCGAAUAGAAAUAGCUAAUGCAAAGAAACCAUAAUCUGUGGUCAUAGUAGUAUUGUUAAUAUAAGCAACACCAUUUCACCCACACUAAGUUUAUAAUUUGUGUGUAUUAAAAAUAUACAUAAAAUGUAUUACUAAAUAUAAUAUAGUUUAAGAGAAUUGGCAAUAGAUUCAGUGGUGCUCUCUUCAAUAAGCCUAUUUAAUCUCAAUAUAAUUUCUUUUCCUAAUAUCCGAUCUUAUUGUAAAAUUUAAUUCAAAUCAUUUUGUGAUAUUAUAAGUAGUUAAAAGGAAUACCAAAGUGCUUGUAAAUUAUGUUCCAAUUGAAAAAGUAUUAUUUAUUAUAAUAUUUAAAAUCUAAUAUUU